CGCUGGCACAUUUACCUAUCCCAAUACCAAUGCUCCUCGAGCAGCGGCCCCCGUAUGACACGGUCGACUUCAAAGCGCUUGCCAAAAGCGACAAUGACUUUAAGCAGAUAUGGCAGCGCGCCUUAGGCAAGCUCGACUUUCAAGACCCACACACUGUUCAAGCCUUAUCCAAGGCAAUUCUGAAAUCAGACUUUGGUCUUGAACUUGACGUUCCGGAUGACCGCCUCUGCCCACCAAUACCGAAUCGUUGGAACUAUGUCGCCUGGAUACAGGGCCUGGUCGACUCUACAUCUCCAGACUAUUCCAACAAAUAUGACCCCAACCGCCACGUACAGGGACUAGAUAUAGGAACCGGUGCAUCUGCCAUAUACACCAUGCUAUGUCUGCGAUCGCGCCCAAACUGGUCCAUGUGCGCUACGGACAUUGAUAAAAAGAGUUUCGACUCAGCCGCCCGCAACCUUGCUCUCAAUCACUUGAUGACACGUACAAAGCUCCUUCAAACCACUGCUCUCACCCCUCUAAUUCCUCUGGCUGCCCUUGGUCUCACCCAUCUCGACUUUACAAUAUGCAACCCACCCUUUUUCGCAACCCCUUCUGAAAUGCGAUCCAGUCUCGCGGGUGAGGGCAAGAGCAGCAAGCCCAACGCCAUCUGUACCGGGUCUGAAAACGAAAUGGUAUCUCCUGGUGGCGACGUUGGUUUCGUGACUGCCCUUGUCAACGAGAGUCUGGUGCUCCGAGAAAAGGUUCAAUGGUACAGCAGUUUGUUUGGUAAAAUGGAUAGCGCAAAAGCUAUCAUCCGCCUACUAAAGCAGCACGGAAUUACCAACUGGGCCGUAGGCGUAAUUGAAGCAGGAGCAAGCGGUACGAAGCGGUGGAUCGUAGCAUGGAGUUUUGGGGAUCUGCGACCGAGAAAUAGCCACGCCCGCAUAGAAAAAAUGGCAAACGAAUACCUCCCCUUCCCAACAUGCUAUCCCAUUACCUUACCUCCUUCCAUCGACCCCCAGCAGGCCAAAGACGCCAUUACUACUCAAAUGGCCUCGCUUGACCUUCUUAGCUGGACCUGGGAUCCCUCAACGUGUACUGGUAUUGGCGAGGCGGCGCAAAACGUGUGGAGUCGGUCUUACAGACGCAUUUACGAAAAAAGAGUGAAGGAGGAGAGUGGUGUUGAUGAGAUGCAAGGGACCGAUGAAGAGGGCGAGAGAAUGCAAGUUAAGCUGUCGUUUAGGAUCAGGGUUGUCGACUUGGCAAGGGAGGUGGUAGUGGAGUGGGUCAAGGGAAGGGACCAGGUCUUGUGGGAGAGCGUGUGUGGGCUUGUGCAUAGGCAUUUCAAAAAGACCUGAGGUGCCGACAUGGUGUACAGGGUCCUUUUGCUUUUCUUGAUGCUGAGUGUGUGUAUGAUGUCCAUCCAUGCAUUCAUAUCCUCGGCUGGUUUCCUAUGAUCAAGCCAUACUGACCUUGCAUAUCAACCACGUCAAGGUCGAAUCGAGCCUUUCUCCUCAACCCUCAAAAACUCGUACUUCACGCUAACCAUCUCCCUCCCCCCAAACCCACGCCUCAAGAAACCGGCCCACUCCAAAACAUAUCCUUCCCCAUCUCUUCCGCUAUCCCCUUAGCCAUCGGCGCCGCAUCCCCUUCCCCCUUUCUUCCCCCACAAAGCUUGGUUUCCUGAGCUGUAUCUUUAUUACUUCCUUUCUCCCGACUCCACAUGAAAACACCUCCA